UGUGCCGCCCGGCUCGCCCGGGCCCCGCCAAGGCCGCUGUGCCCCCGCCUCCGCGCAGGAGCACUCUGUCCAAACUCCCUGAACUUCGGGGACCGUCCCCGAAGCGGCGAAACUCUCAGGGUUGGCAGCCCGGUCCAGGGACCCCCCAUCCCGGGCAGCGCUCCCGGACGCCUUCCCCUCGCCGAGCCCGCGGCGGACACGUGCCGGUACUCCAAGGGCCUCGGGGGACCUCGGACGGAGCUGACGGUCCCCAGCCCUUUUCCAGGCCACGAUGCUCAUGAGGAAAGUGCCCGGCUUCGUCCCGGCCUCCCCCUGGGGGCUGCGGCUGCCACAGAAGUUCCUCUUCCUUCUCUUCCUCUCGGGCCUUGUCACCCUGUGCUUCGGAGCCCUCUUCCUGCUGCCCCACUCCUCUCGCCUCAAGCGCCUCUUCCUGGCCCCCCGGACCCAGCAGCCUGGCCUGGAGAUGGUGGCGGAAAUCGCCGGCCACCCCCGGACCCGCGAGCAGGAGCCGCCCCCCAACCCGGCCCCUGCUGCUCCGGCCCCGGGCGAGCACGACCCCAGCAGCCGGGGCCGCAGGAAAGGGUGGCUGCGGCGCACCCGCCCCACCGGGCACCGGGAGGAGGCCACGGCCCUCAGGCCGGAGGAGGAGAGCGUCCCGUUCAGCUUUGACUUUAACGCCUUCCGGAGCCGCCUCCGCCACCCGGUCCUGGGGACAAGGGCCCGUGAGAGUGAGGAGCCCCAGAGCCGAGUGCGAGCCCAGCGGGAGAAAAUCAAGGAGAUGAUGCAGUUUGCCUGGCAGAGCUAUAAGCGUUAUGCAAUGGGGAAAAACGAGCUCCGUCCGCUAACGAAGGACGGCUACGAGGGUAACAUGUUCGGCCUGGGGGCUUCCACAUCUGUGCUCCUGGGCUGUUCAGGCUUCUGA